GAAAGGCUUUUGGUUCCUGCAUUACAUGAAUUUUUCGUUUGUGCUUUGUCCUCUUUUAGAUUGAUUCUACGGUGGUGAAUUAGUCGGGGAGCUAACAACGUUACAUCUUGGGGUAGAGUUCACUUUGAAAACAGGGAGGAAGCGAAAAAUCUAACCAUUAUAUCUGGGUGACGCCGUCCGCCUAAAGCCUCGGAGUCUUAAAAUCUCCAAAGGCCCACAGGCAUACGCGCAACCAAGGUUGAAAGUCCGUUCGUUAUAGUUUCUAGUGCAGUACAAAACUGUUUGCAGUUUACCGGUAUUUCUUAAUUUGUGUUGUGUUCGAGUUGAAAGUUUAAAACGUAAACCAAAAAGUUCCGGGCAAGAAAUCCUGAAAAAUAACAGUAUGUAUUGUAUAUGUGAAAAAAGUUCAGUUUAAGUAUAAAGUAUAAAAGUUGCUAGUAAAAAAAGUUCUCGACGUGAUAUAAAAAGUAUGUUCAACACGGUAUGGAUCGCGCGCGUUGUGUCUUCAAGAGCGAGUACUGCACAGGCUCUUAUUGAUACAGGCUAGAAUAGUCCAUCAUGUCAGACUCUGGUUCAGAAAGUUCCUCUUCAGAGGAUUAUGAUGGAAGGAGAAAUCCAGUUGCAUCUGCUGACAAUGUGGGAUCGCCAAACUUCUCGCAUCAUUCAUCUGUCUCAGGGCAUAAAUCUAGGGCAAGUUCUAUUUCUUCAAGAGGGAAGUCACCUGAAUCUAUCAUAUCCGAAAGAGAUUCAAAAUCUCCAAGAUAUACACCAAUAUCACCAAAAUCUCAGAGAUCUGGAUUAGCAUCUCCUAGUGAAGAAGAAGGUUCCCCAAGAUCCACUCGUAGUUUAUCAAAAUCACCACCUACUACGCCAAAAUCAUAUCGCUCAAGAAAUAAUUCUUUAGAUUCACCUAGGAGUGAUCGUAGCUUGUCUCAUUCUCCAAUACAAGAUGAAAGAUCAUGUCCGUCUACUCCUAAUGAUUCUAAAUCCUUACACCUGGAAGAUGCUGAACCCAAACAAUUUGAACUCGAAGUUGAUGUACAAAGAUCUGGAGAUAAUUCACCUAAAUCAUAUUCUUACAAAAACAGUGAAUCAAGGCAAAGUUCACCGAAAUCUCCAAGAUCCGAACAUAGUUCAGCAAAGUCAUUAAUGUCUGGAAGGAGUUCUCCAAAAUCAGACCCUGCAUCUCCUAUGGAUGAUCAAGAAUCAGACAAACAUUCACCGCCUCAUUCUCCACCAGCAAAAAGUAGUUCAUUUAAUGAACUGGAUGGAGAACAAAUUUCAGAUGGAGAUAUCGAAGAUGAACCUGAAUCAGUAGCUAAGUCAAAACUUGCACCAAUUACACAUGGUGAAGAUUUAUCGGACGUUUCUGAUCUAGAAAGUAUGGAUGGGGUAGAUGGCACUACAGAACAUGAAUCGGGACUCAAUGAAAGUCAACAUAAUGAGGAAAGACAUAUGCCAAACAAUGAUGAUAAAACGGAGAAAGAAGAUAAAAAUGUACCUGUUGGAUUAACAGAAGAGAGUGAACAAUUGGAUUUUGAAGCUGAUGGUCAAUGGAAAGACGAGCGUGAUGAAGGAGAAACUGAAGCACCAAUUACUAAAGAAAACAAAGAUGAAAAAGAUAAAGAUAAAGUUAAAUUAAAAGAUGGAAUUGAAGGAAAUGACAAAGAAGAAGGAGAAGAAGAUGGUGAGAAAAUAGAAUCUGAAUUAGAAGAAGGCGAACUCAGUGAUGGUGAUGAUGCCCGACCAGAAGAAACAGAACCAAGACCUGUUUGCCGUUUUUAUAAUCGAGGCCAGUGUACGUGGGGAGUUAGUUGUAGGUUUCUACAUCCAGGUGUAACCGAUAAGGGUAAUUAUACGAUGUUUGAUAUGGUGAGACCAAUGGCAUAUCCGCCACACGCAGCUGCUCCACACGAAUUCAGACCGCACAUUGAUAGGCCAAAUAUGGUGCGACCAUUACCUGGUUAUGGAGCACCAUCUCAUACACCAAAAGUAGAAGAGCUUCCUACUGAAUCAGCAUGGGAACGUGGAUUACGACAUGCUAAGGAAAUGAUGCGCAAGGCAAAUAAACGCAAAGAAUCAGAUAUGGACUUUGAAGAAAAGAAGAUGAAUUUAAGCUUGGGGCAAGACGAAUUAGACAGAGAGGCAGGUUAUUAUGUAAGAGCAGCCAGCCCAGAACCACCAGCUGAAAGGUGGCCACCUAGAGAGGCACCUCGAAGAAUGCCUCCGCCAAGGAUUACGCCAGAAAGAUAUAUUGAAGAACCUGAUCCUUACUAUGUACCACCAACAGCACCACCAGAAUAUUAUAGGAGAGUACAUUAUAAAGCAGAUACUCGAGUUGCUACCGAAUAUCGAGAACGUAUUGAUUAUCAUGCCGUACCUCGCGGUACGCCCCAUUCUGUUUCACCACCGCCGCAUACACGAGAACGAGAAAGAGAAAGAGAACGUGAACGCGAUAGGGAACGAGAAUAUUACGAGAAGUACGAAAAGAAACAUAAGCGUCCAUCAAGGGAAGUUAUAGUAGAACGUAUUGCCCCGACGAAACCGUGGCGGGAAGAGGAACCACCUCCUGUAGAGAGAGGUAGAGGAGACGAAUGGGCAGAUCCUUGGAUGCGGAGGAAAUCCCCCAGCACCGUGCGUCGGAAUACAUCAUCUCGACGUUCACGAAGACAAUCUUAUUCUUCAGGCUCUUCGUAUUCAUCAACAAGUUCUAGCCGUAGCUCGAGCCGUUCUAGCUACAGUUCUUACGACUCCCUAUCCAGGUCCCGUUCACCAUCCCCUCCCUCUAGAACCCGUGGUGCUGGCAAAGGGAAAGCAGUCGUGACAUCGCCACCUUCAAAUCCUCCAACGGUGGCAGCUGCUGCACCUCAACGCGGUGCCAUGUUGAUGAACCCACCUGCUCCUUCUCCUCGUCCACCCAAAGGUUCUAUUUCUCCUACAACCGGUACACUUCACCGACGUGCUGGACUUAACCCACCUGCACCGAGCCCACUUUCCUCUCAUCAACGUCACCAUGAAAAGGCACGAGAUAAAGCAGCUAUAGCAGCAGCUGCAGUGGCAAAAGUUAUCAAAAGUCGAUCAAGAUCCAGGUCGUCGCAUAGUAGUUCAGGGUCGGAGAGCAGCGGCAGUAGCAGUGAUUCCAGUGAAUCAAGUUAUUCAUCUUCAUCUAGCGAGACUCGUCGAAGAAAAGGUUCAACUCCGCCAAUAACGCGAAAGGAUUCCAAGGGUAUUGAUGCUUUAAAGCUUAGUGGUACCAAGCAACAAAUUAAACUCACAUUGAAACCAACUAGUAAUACUACAGCUGUGAAAAAGAUUGAUCGUUCCGCUUUAAUGGCUGGAAAAAAGAGAGGAUUAGAAUCACCACCUUUAAUCGAUAGUAAAGCAAGUGUUGCCGCGGCCGCAGCUAAAGCGGCCAAGAAAGCAAGUUCACGACGAGAAGAACUGUUAAAACAACUUAAAGCAGUGGAAGACGCGAUCGCUCGUAAGAGAUCAAAAGUUUAAUAAUGCGGCUUUUAUUACCUUUGAGGUAAAUAUGUAUGUACACAUAAAUAUUUCUUAGUGUAUCAUGUAAUUAGCUGCUAUAAAAUAACGUGUGAUAUGAAAGAAGAAGAUUUCAUAUUAGAAGCAAGAGUUUCUAAUUUCAUAAAUAUGUUCUAACCGCGAUAUUAAUAUUUUAUUCUUUAAUUUUCUUUCUCGUCAGUAUGUAAACACAUAUAAUAUUGCGCAAAUGUCAUACUGUACAGUAUCUUCAUCAUUAGAAGUAAAAAGUAUGUGCAUCACACACAUGCACGCUUGCGCGUGCAUCCAUAGAAACAAAUGUGAAAAUUUUGAACAUUAAAAUUUUUUUAAGGAUGAAAAGAUUAUAACAAUUUGUAAAAAUAAACUACAAGACAAUGUCGUAAAAAUGCCAAACACGCGUAAAUAAAAACAAACAUGUAAUUUAUUUAUGUAUGAACCACAAAGAUUUUGUUGAAAUACACAAAAUAUCAUCUAUGUCAUAACAUAUAACAUUUAUAUGCAGAUG